AUGCAUCCUUAUAAGAGCGAGGUGGAGGGAGAAACAGGAAGGAAAGCGGAAGUGAACGCAAAGGCAGAAACGGAAAUGAUGCAAACGGAAAUGAUGCAGCCAGGAGUCCUUGAAUGCCUGCGGCUGGAGGCCUGUCGGGGCAAGACUGAGCUGCCUGUUAGAGCCUUCGGAGGGAGUUUGGCCCUGCCAACCCCACAACCUGCCCAUUUCCAGGAGCUGGGCCUCAGGCUGCUCAGCAGGAAGCUGCUGUUUUUCAAGCCUCCAUCGCAGGCUUCCCACCGAGGAAAGACGCGUUUCCGCUGCUCCCCGAGCCCAUGGCGCCUUCCCCCCCGCGCUCUCUCUGAGGAGGCUCUGCCCUCCGUCCGCCAUGGCCACCCCCAGUGCCAGGAGGCUCGCCGCCACAGACAGAGCUCAGUCUGUCGUGAGAGCAGCUGGCGAGGGUCCGAGCGCCCUGCAGGGACCCCAGGCCCGGCGGGGCCUCUGACUGGCCGCGCGGCGCUCCAGCCCCUCCGCUCGGGCAGACAGUGCCCUGAGCAGGAAGCUCUCCACAGUGACCGUCGGAAGUGA